CGCACCCUCAGUCAGAGUCGUUGAGAUAAAGCUCUAGAGCUUCCUCCCUGGAGCUUCUUCUAACAGAUGAAGACGAUGCUGACCUUUGCCCUCGCGCUGUGCGCUCUCUUGCCGCUCGCACGUGGAGUGCCGCCAGGGUUCCAGGUGCGUCUGGUGGGUGGGUCAGGAGCACACGAGGGCCGCCUAGAGGUUUAUCAUGCAGGCGAGUGGGGCUCGGUGUGUGACGAUGAGGUGAAUAUCAACCUGGUUAAUGUGGUCUGCCGAGAACUUGGGUACGGACAAGGCCUAACGUGGGUACACAGUGCCAAGUUUGGACAGGGACGAGGUCAUAUUUGGUUGGAUAAUGUGGUGUGCAAAGGCACGGAAACUUCACUCUCCAACUGUCUCUUUAAUGACUGGGGUGUAAAUGAUUGCACCCAUGCUGAGGACCUGGGGGUUGUAUGUAGCCAAGAGGGCCCACGCCAGGGCCAUGUCCCCCGCUACAGUGAACCCACACAGCCUGCUGCCACCGAACCUCGCUCACCAGAGACCGUAUCCAGCAGGCGAGGUCAUGAGAUUGCCCUGAACAGAAACUCUGCCCAGGGCUCAUCAGGCUCAUUGCCACAACUGCACGGCCAUCAAAUCCAAUUGCGCAGGAAUGGCCAUAAUGGCUCACGCAGGCAAGAAAAUUCUGUGCCACAAGGACAUGAGCUGCCCAAUUACCUACGCAGCGGGACAAUAAACAGACGCAAUCAGGACAGUCAACCCAGACCAUCAGGACAGUCCUCUGGCCCUGAAAGAUCUAGAUCUCCACAAUCGGGUCCAGUGCCCAGGCCAGAGCAAUCAGAUCCUAAUGUAGAGCAUGACAACAGAAUGAACACUGAUUUCACAAACACUGUGGAACAGAGUGUAGGAAGAGGGAGUUUGGAAGAGGUUCGACUCCGCCCUGUUUUGCCUGGUACUCGCGGCACUGCAAUGGUAAUGGAAGGGGUGCUUGAAGUGAAGCAUGCUGGGAGAUGGAGACAUGUGUGUAACCUUGGCUGGAACUUGAGCAGUAGUAAAGUGGCAUGUGGGAUGCUGGGAUAUCCAAAAGCAGAGCAGCACAAUGAGCGCUUGUACAAGAAACAUUGGGAAUCCAAGAUGAUGGAUCCAGCCACACGGUCUGCAGUCAGUAAAAAGGGUUAUUGGGUGGAAAAGGUGAAGUGCACAGGAGCAGAGAACUCCUUGGCACAAUGCCAGACUCAACUGUCUUUUGCACGUAGUGACAUGCCGUGUAUUGGGGGAAUGCAUGCUGUGGUGCGCUGUGUACCUGGUCCACAGUUCUCCCACAUGUCCAGCUCUGGACAGCCUCGAUCUCCACCCACCUCUCAGCAGACAGUACGUCUGAAAGCAGGACCCAGGCUUGGAGAGGGACGUGUAGAGGUGCUGAAGGAAGGGAAAUGGGGGACGGUGUGUGAUCACCUGUGGGACCUGACUGCUGCCAGCGUAGUGUGUAGGGAGCUGGGCUUCGGCACCGCCAAAGAGGCAAUGAGAGACGCAUACUUGGGCCAAGGUACGGGUCCGAUCCAUAUGAACUCAGUGCAGUGUACUGGCCAAGAGAGCUCCAUAAGGCAGUGUAAAUAUCGUGAGGUUCCACUGUAUACCUGCAAACACAGCCAGGAUGUUUCUGUUCGCUGCAACGUUCCCAAAACUGGCCUGUCAGCUACGGUACGUUUGGCAGGAGGGAGAGAUCCUUUGGAAGGAAGGGUGGAGGUCUUGAUAGAUGGGCGCUGGGGGACAGUGUGCAGUGAGAACUGGGGCAUCAAUGAGGCCAGAGUGGUCUGCAGACAGCUUGGCAUGGGCUUUGCAUCUUCAGCUCACCAGGAGACCUCGUACUGGUUUGGGAACCCGAACGCAGAGGAGGUUGUUCUCACUGGUACUCAUUGUGUUGGGACGGAGAUCUCCAUCCAGCAGUGUAGGAGGAACGAAUAUGUUUACUGUCCUCGUGGAGGUGGAGUCAAAGCAGCCGGUGUUACCUGUGCAGAGACCGCACCAGACUUGGUGCUGGACGCUCAGCUGGUCCAGGAGUCAGCAUACCUGGAGGACCGUCCUCUUCACCUGCUCACCUGUGCCCAUGAGGAGCGCUGCCUUUCGUCCUCUGCCGCCCACAUGAACUGGCCCUAUGGCCACCGGCGCCUGCUGCGAUUCUCUUCACGGAUCAUGAACCUGGGACGUGCAGACUUUCGGCCACGGGCCGGACGCGAGUCCUGGGUCUGGCAUCAGUGCCACAGACACUACCACAGCAUCGAGGUGUUCACACACUACGACCUCCUGACCAUGAAUGGCACAAAGAUCGCAGAGGGACACAAAGCCAGCUUCUGUCUGGAGGACACGUAUUGCCCCGAUGGCCUGCACAAGCGGUAUUCCUGCUAUAACAUGGGGGAUCAGGGCAUUUCAGUGGGAUGCUGGGAUACGUAUCGCCAUGACAUUGACUGCCAGUGGAUCGACGUGACUGAUGUCAGGCCUGGAGACUACAUCUUCCAGGUGGAGGUGAACCCCUCACUGGACAUGGCCGAGUCUGACUUUGAGAACAACGUGAUGCGAUGCAGAUGCAGGUACGAUGGUGGGAGAGUCUACCUGUACGGAUGUCAUGCAGGUGAUGCCUACAGCACGGAGGUUGAGGACCUGUUUGAACACCAGCGGCAGAUCUCCAACAACUUCCUCUAAUGAAUGGAAGCAGAGGAAACCAGGAAAGCAGAAACUCUCCUUCGUCAUCCUCUCACCCUGCCUCUGGAUGGAGGGGAAGGAGAAGGAGAAGGUGGCUAAUGCAUACAGAUUACAGGCUGUGGGGUUUCUAGAGAUUUUAUUUAAGUUUCAUUGACAGUCAGGUCAAUCCGUCCAAGUAGGACCAGGUCCAGAAUUCUGGGUAAUUUUAAUCCAGCUCUGAAUAAAUGAUCUGUUUAUAAUCUGGAUGGAGUGUGUUGAGGUAAACAUAUAUAAAUGAACCAAUCUUAAGAGCAGUAAUUCUGGCAAAACAAGAUAUUCUAAUAUUAGAUUAAAAUAUUAUAGGAGUAGAACAGAGUAUAGAGGAUAAAUGGGGAAAAUGUAGGAAAUGGGUAAAUGAGGCUUUUCUUUUUUUUUUGCCACAGACAACAAAGAAAAGAUUAUGCACGUAGAACAGGAACGUUCAGAUGUCCACCCUUGCCGUCAUGUUAUUGUUGCCGUGGCAACGAGUGAAUUUCUUAUUUUUUAACCUCUAAAAAGCAGUAACUUUCUUUAGAUUUAAAGUGUUUUUUGACCACUGGUCCCCACCCUGAGAAAAACAACUAAACCUAAUGGUAUUAACAGCAGCAGUGUUAAUAAAUAAAUUCCCUCUCUGCA